AUAUUACGUCUAUCGGUUCUACAAACUAAUGUUCGGAGAAUAGAUGAAAUUCUGUAACUAAUGAUCAUUUGUUGGAAAGCAUAAAAGGUGGUCGAAUUUUAUUACCAGUACGAGUCUUGCCAGAUUGGGAUUGGUGUAGCCGUGAAUAAUUUCAAUCGUGCUACAACUACAACCUGUGACAAUUGACAAUCGAAAAUCGCAAUUGUCUUCCUUCCGUAUGACGCGUCAUCCACGCGUGGAUAGUCUGACUACGCAAAUGUGAAAUCACUUGCUAAAACUAAGCUCGUAGGUUCGUAGAAAAUAUUAAACGAAAAAAGUGACGAUGUAAAACCUCGUUGAUGAAUCGUAUUAAAUGCGUAUCACUUUCAACGUGGCUCGAAUGUCUGACAUUUCUAAACAACUGAAGCAGUUUUGUGGUUCAAGGUGAAAUCACUGUAUCAAGAAAAAACAAUGUAUUGCCUACAAUGGUUGAUUCCUGUUUUACUAAUACCAAAACCAGUAAAUCCUGCGUUACUUCAAACCCAUGUCAUGUUCAUGAUACUGUAUUUAAUUGGUUUCUUCCUCGAAAGAAAGCCGUGCACUAUUUGUAGUGUCGUCUUCCUAGCCGCUGUAUUCCUAAUCUGUUACAGCGGUGUAGGUAACUGUCUCUUCUGGAGUGCAAAUUGUGAUAGUGUCAAGUGUGACUAUGGUUAAUAGUGAAAUUAUUGAUAUAGGAUUCAUCGAAAUGUGUCUAGCUAAGCUAGAACGUGCGAUUUUAAUAUUAUAUGUACAUAUUGUUAUUGUAAUUAACGUUAACUGAGGACAGGCAAAGCGGUGUGACUGUAGUUGAAGAAUGACGGAUUCGAACCUUAACAUUUCCAUAAGCACGCCGCAUGGAAAAGUUUGGGAAAAUACACUAAAUUGUAUAUACUUUUUCUCAUCACGAUCUAUACUAAGAAGCAGCAAUAUUUGUAAGCUGAAUUAUUAUAACAGAAGAUCCAGUAAAUUAUUUUUUGAGAUUUGUAUUUUUAGUAUGUUAGAUUAUUGUUUAUGACAGUCAAAGUGAAAGCAACUGUUGUCAAAAAUCAAAUCAACAAGAUUCCUUACAAAGUCUUCAUUUUUCUCAUCACAAAAUUUUUUGUCAAUCAAGCAUGGACUGUUAUCGCGCACAUUAUCUAUGAGAAGUAAUAUAUUAACAAGUCAUCAAUUCAUCUGGCAAAAUAUCUCUUCUAAACGCCUAAGGAUUCAAACAUUUACAGUUGAUUCGUUGGUUGUUAUAGAUGCUUGCAUAUUUUCUAUGCUCCAAUGUGAGAAACAAUGGAUUUCAGAUGACGGUAUAUCAAGUGAUCAUCGACCUGUUCUGCAUUUGAAUGAUGUGUAGUCGAAAACCGUUGCUGUGAGAAAUCAGUCACUCUUCCAUGGUUCCAGGGUUCGUUCUUGGGAUACUUAUUAUUCCUUUUCACACAUUUUUCCAAAUACAUGUUAUUCAAACAGUAGGAUAAAUUCUAUCAUUCAUAUUAGCGUUUAAUACUACCUAGAAUCGAUCACAGAAAUAUGCCUAAUACGUAUACCUGUAGAACUUUUGAAAUUUACCAUCAGAGGAAUCAUACUAUAAUCAUGAUGCUUAGCUAAGUUGUCACUAAAAACAAAUGUUAAUUCAUCAGAACAUUGAUUACAUUUUAUCUGAUCGCCUUUUAAACAUUGAAUUAACGAUGAGUGGACAUAGUUUGGACUUAUUUAACUCAAUAUUGAAACAUCCUAUUGCGUUUAGAAUAAUUAAGGUCUAAUGUACUCUAUAUAAAUUUACUUGAACCUGUUUUGUUUGGUUCAAAAUAAAGUCUUAGGAGGGCUUCCAUGAAAGCCAAAAUAUCAAC